ACUCUGAAGCCAAGAGCAGACCUGCUGAGCCCUCAAGAAAGAUCAGAACAGAUUCAUGGGUGAUUUAGCCUAUCUGUCCCAGGCCAGGGUGGCUGAGUGUGCUGACUGGAGGCCUCUCUCUCUGCUUCGAGUGUAGCUGAGAUCCACCCCGGAAACCGGCACGAUGAAGGGCGCAAGUGAGGAGAAGCUGGCAUCUGUGUCCAACCUGGUCACUGUGUUUGAGAAUAGCAGGACCCCAGAAGCAGCACCCAGAGGCCACAGGCUAGAGGACGCGCAUCACUGCCCUGAGCACAGGCCUCCCGAGUCCCCAGGACCACGGGGGAAGGUGAAUGUCGGGGAGGCCGUGGGGUCUGAGCCCAGGACAGUCAGCAGGAGGUACCUGAACUCCCUGAAGAACAAGCUGUCCAGCGGAGCCUGGAGGAAACCUUGCCAGCCUGCGACCCUCUCAGGAUCGGGGACGCAGGAGCCAGAGAAGAAGAUCGUCCAGGAGCUGCUGGAGACAGAGCAGGCCUAUGUGGCGCGCCUCCACCUGCUAGACCAGGUGUUUUUCCAGGAGCUGCUGAGGACGGCCCGCAGCAGCAAGGCCUUCCCGGAGGAUGUGGUCAGAGUCAUCUUCUCCAACAUCUCCUCCAUCUAUCAGUUCCAUUCUCAGUUCUUCCUCCCAGAGCUGCAGCGGCGCCUGGACGACUGGACAGCUAACCCCCGCAUCGGUGACGUGAUCCAGAAGCUGGCCCCCUUCCUGAAGAUGUACAGUGAGUAUGUCAAGAACUUUGAGCGAGCGGCUGAGCUGCUGGCCACCUGGACCGACAAGUCUCCACUCUUCCAGGAGGUUCUCACUCGCAUCCAGAGCAGCGAGGCUUCGGGCAGCCUGACCCUGCAGCACCACAUGCUGGAACCAGUGCAGAGAAUUCCACGCUAUGAGCUGCUGCUCAAGGAGUACGUCCAGAAGCUGCCAGCCCAGGCCCCAGACCGGGCCGAUGCCCAGAAAGCCCUGGACAUGAUCUUCUCAGCUGCCCAGCACUCCAAUGCAGCCAUCACUGAGAUGGAGCGGCUGCAGGACCUGUGGGAGGUGUACCAGCGCCUGGGCCUCGAGGAUGACAUAGUAGACCCCUCUAACACCCUGCUCCGUGAGGGCCCGGUCCUCAAGAUCUCCUUCCGCCGCAACGACCCCAUGGAGCGCUACCUUUUCUUGUUCAACAACAUGCUGCUCUACUGUGUGCCCAGGGUGAUCCAGGUGGGCGCCCAGUUCCAGGUGAGGACCCGCAUCGAUGUGGCCGGGAUGAAGGUGCGGGAGCUGAUGGAUGCUGAGUUCCCCAACUCCUUCCUGGUGUCCGGGAAGCAGCGCACCCUGGAGCUGCAAGCCCGGUCCCAGGAGGAAAUGAUUUCCUGGAUGCAGGCCUUCCAAGCAGCCAUUGACCAAAUCGAGAAGCGGAAUGAAACCUUCAAGGCUGCGGCCCAGGGGCCUGAGGCAGACACCCAGGAGCAGGAGCUGCAGUCUGAGGAGCUGGGCCUCCGGGCACCGCAGUGGGUCCGGGACAAGAUGGUGACCAUGUGCAUGCGCUGCCAGGAGCCCUUCAACGCUCUGACGCGCCGUCGCCACCACUGCCGGGCCUGCGGCUAUGUGGUGUGUGCCAGGUGCUCCGACUACCGGGCCGAGCUGAAAUACGACGACAACAGGCCCAACCGAGUCUGCCUCCACUGCUACGCAUUCCUCACCGGAAACGUGCUGCCUGAGGCCAAGGAGGACAAGAGGCGGGGCAUCCUGGAGAAAGGGUCCUCGGCCACGCCUGACCAGAGCCUGAUGUGCAGCUUCCUGCAGCUCAUCGGGGACAAGUGGGGCAAGAGCGGCCCCCGGGGCUGGUGUGUGAUCCCUCGGGAUGACCCCCUCGUGCUCUAUGUCUACGCUGCCCCUCAGGACAUGAGGGCUCACACCUCUAUCCCCCUGCUGGGCUACCAGGUGACUGUUGGGCCCCAGGGGGACCCUCGGGUCUUCCAGCUACAGCAGUCAGGCCAGCUCUACACCUUCAAGGCCGAGACGGAGGAGCUGAAGGGCCGCUGGGUGAAGGCCAUGGAGCGGGCGGCCAGUGGCUGGAGCCCCAGCUGGCCCAACGGCGGGGACCUGUCCGACUGAGCCACUGCCAGCCACUGCCAGCCACUCUCCUGCCUACCUCUCCCCACCCUGAACCCAGCUCCUGCCACAGACUGACCCUGUGGCCUCAGUGUCCCACUGCCCCAAGCGGUGCUUUCAGAGAAUUGAUUCAGCCAUCUGCGCCCAGGCCACGUGUCCCGAUCUGGGAUUCAGAAAAUAUGGGUCCAUUCCUUUCUAGAAAGGGGACAACCAAGUGUCUCAGUUUGCCUUGCGGGGAGGGGGCUCCUGGGCCAUGGGACUUCCAGUGCUAAAACUGGGAAAGCCCCAGGUAACCCCGGACUGGUGGUCACCGUAGUGUGGUUUUUCAUUUGUAUCUCCUGGGGAGCUUUUAAAGAGUACUGGUGAAAAACACAUAGUAAAUUAAUUUUAAAAAUGUAAAAAACAAUGCCUGUACUGAAUACCACCAACAAUUUAAUUGGUCUGAGAUGGGGGAGGCAUGGGGUCUUUUUUUUUUUUUUUUUUUUUUUUGAGACAAAGUCUUACUCUGUUGCCCAGGCUGGAGUGCACAAACAUGGCUCACUACAGCCUCGAUCUCCCGGGCUCCAGUGAUCCUCCCACCUCAGCCUCCCAAGUAGCUGGGACUAUAGGUGUGUGCCACUGUGCCAAGCUAAUUUUUUUAUUUUUUGUAGAGAUGGGAUUUCACCAUGUUACUCAGGCUGGUCUCAAACUCCUGGCCUCAAGCGAUGCUCCCACCUCCACCUCCCAAAGUGCUGGGAUUACAGGCGUGAGCCACCAUACCUGGCGCAUGCAUAUUUUUUAAGAGUGCCCACUGGAGUCUAAUAUAUAGCCUGGGUUACCUGGGAUGAAGAAUAAAGAGAGCAAACUACCGCAACCAAUGGUUGAGCCCCUGUCAAAUGCCAGUCACGAUAGUACUACUAAUAAUAAUAAGCAUGUGUUGGGCCAGGCUCUGUGCAAGGUGUUUUAUGUGGAUUACAUCAUUUUACCAUCCAGAGUUAUCCCCAUUUCCAGAUGAAGACACCGAUUCAGAGAGGUUUAGUAAUUGGCUCAAUUGGUCAUGUAACUCGUAGAUGCCAGAGCCAGGUUUUAACCCAGUGAACUAAGGUCAAAGCUCUUUCCAUCAUGGAGCAGAACAAUAAAACAAGCAGAGAGGGGAGGAGAGUGAGGAGAAGGAAAAGAGAGGGAAAGAGAGUGAAGAAAGCUGGGAAGACAAGAGAGGAAGGUGAACGGUGGGAGGAAGGGGGAUGGGAGGAGCAACCCCUGUCCCCUCAUCCCCACCUCGCUGGUGGGUGAGGAUGCUUUUUCAUAAGAGACUACCAGGGGGUGGCAGUGGUCAGCAGGCCACAUGGAGUGGCCCCAGUAGUGGCCGGAACACCCUCAGCUGCUCUCAGCAGGUCCAGCCAUUGCUGGGCUCUGCCCUGAAAGGAGGAAGCAUGGAUGAGUCAUAGGUUUUUAUCCCAUCACAGGCCCAGCAGCUUGCCUGCCUCCAACCUGAGGCCACUUCCCUCCUGUAGGGUGUUUGUUUACUUGAGACAGGGUUUUGCUCUGUCACCCAGGCUGGAGUGCAGUGGUGUGAUCAGAGCCCACUGGAACCUUGACCUUCUGGGUUUAAGCUAUCCUCCUUCCUCAGCCUCCUGAGUAUCUAGAACCACAGGCGCACACCACCACGCCCAGCUAAUUUUUAAAAUUUUUAUAGAGAUGGGGUCUCACUAUAUUGCCCAGACUGACCUCAAACUCCUGAGCUCAAGAAAUCCUCCUGCCUUGGCCUCCUAUAGUGUUGGGAUUAUAGGCAUGAGCCACCACACCUGGACAGCAUCAGCAUUUUAUUCAUUUUUUAUUUUUAUUUUUGAGGUGGAGUCUGUCACUCUGUCACCCAGGCUGGAGUGCAGUGACGCCAUCUUGGCUCACUGCAACCUCUGCCUCCCAGGUUCAAGUGAUUCUCCUACCUCAACCUUCCGAGUAGCUGGGAUUACAGGUGUGCGCCACCAUGCCCGGCUAAUUUUUGUAUUUUUAGUAGAGAUGGGGUUUCACCAUAUUGGCCAGGCUGGUCUCAAACUCCUAACCUCAGGUGACCCGCCCGUCUCAGCCUCCCAAAGUACUGGGAUUACAGGCGUGAGCUGCUGUGCCUGGCCUGCAUCAGCAUUUUAAAACUCGCCAGUGAUGCUGAAGGCAGCUGGCUCGGUGACAGCAGAGUCAAUUCUGCAGCACUGGUACCUAAGCUUUUCCAGGGGGUUAGUCUGAGUGGGAGUGUGGAGAGUGGCUUCACUGUGGAGCAAAAUGAGGUAGCUGUCAGGAGAGGGAAGUGAGGGCACACAACCUUUGUGCUGUCAUUGUUAGGUUUACUGAGGUGUAAUUUACAGACUGUAAAAUCCACCCUUGUUGGUAUAUUUUCUAAGUUUUGGCAGAAGAGUACAGUCAUACAGCCACUACCACAAUCCCCCUAUAAGUGUCCCCAUGCCACCCUUUGUAGUCAACCCACACCCCUACUCCUUGCCUCUGGUAACCAUUGAUCUGUUUCUGACUGAUAAUUUUGACUUUUCCAGAUGUCAUUCAAAUGGAACCACAACUUUUUAAGCCUGGCUUCCUUUACUCAGCAUUAUAUAUUUGAGAUUUAUCCAUUUUGUCCUCUGUGUCAGUAGUUCAUUCCCUUUUCAUUGCUGAGUAGUAUUCCAUUGCAUGGGCAUACUACAGUUGUUCAUCUGUUUACCAGGUUAAGUACACUUGGGUUAUUUCCAGUUUGGGGCAAUUAUGAAUAAUACUCCUAUGAACUAUAAACAUUCAUGUUCAGUGUUUGUGUGAGCACACGUUUUCUUUUCUCUUAGGUAAAUACCUAAAAUUGGGUCACUGAGUAAGUGUCUAAUUUAAUCAGAAACUACCAAGCCGUUUUCCAUAUCGGUUGUACCAUUCUGCAUUCCUACCAGCAAUGUAUGACAUUCCCCCUGCUCAUGCAUUUAGUAUAGUUAGGUUUGAAGUUUGUUUUUUUAAAAAUUAAUAAUUUUAGACAGUCUGGUGAGUGUAUAGGGCUCAUGACCUUUUAAAUGUUUAUGAUAUAAAGAAAUUCAUACAGGCUCACAUCUGUAAUCCCAGCACUUUGGGAGGUCAA